AGUCGCUUCCUCCCUCUUUGUGUCUCGCUCACCUCAACUGAGAAAUGUGAGGAGAGGCAAAAACAUUAACACAGAAGGCAACAGCAGCAGUUGAAGAAUUUCCAUACAGACAUAAAUACCCUUAUAAAAAUUAGAAAUUUCAAUCAUUUUAGCAACCUCACGCCUUUAACCACAAAAACCUCACUUUCAGAUUGACUUCCUUAUAGUACAUGCAGAAGAAGAAAGCCGCAUUUAUCUAGGGUUUGGAAAAAAUAACAAGAUUCAGUCUUUGAUCUUUGUUGUUGAUCAAGACUAGAAGCCUUAAAAUCAUCACUUUUAGGUGUGAUUUUGAGUUUGAAAUUUGAAGUUCUUGACUCCAGAGAUUCGAUUUCUUGGUGAUCCUGAUCAGAUCGUCAUGCCCCACACAAAGCUACAUGUGAAGCAGUACCGUUGUAUACACUCAUCGAGUUGUCCAUGUACAAAAGGUCAUCUAAGUGAAGAUGUGAUUUUGCUGGCAUUUCAACAAUUAAAUUGGAACCCUAGGAUGAUUGCUACCUUGUCUUGCGUCUGCAAAUGGUUUGAUGAUUUUGCUAAAAGGGUUCUAUGGAAAGAAUUCUGCCAUACUAGAGCCCCAAAGAUGUUGGAAGAUUUGGCAUCUAGUGGGAGUCACAGCGUGGAUGGAAGCUGGAAAGCACUUGGGAAACUUCUCCUAUACUGUUCUGGGUGCACCAAGGGAGGCCUUUUCAAUAAUGUACAAGUCCCAGGGCACUUUGUGUACAGGACUCGCUUUUCCAGGACAUCAGGAAAGAGCUUUCUUUUACCCCAGUGCCGAUCAGAUGUGUUGUACGUGUCAGAUCCAUGUGAGCAUCUCGAUCAGGGAGACGAGGGUGAUCUUGGGUUCUUUCGAGGAAUUUUUAAGUCAUUUUCAGUGUCUAAAGUUAGAAAGAUGCUGAUUGAUAGAGAUGCCAAGUUCCACCCAACAGAAGUAUGUCCAUACUGCAAAGCAAAGCUGUGGAGCAUGCUACAAGCUAACAUGGUUCCACGUAGUGCUGGCGGCAGAUUAGGUGCUUAUGAUGAAUGUGUUGAAUAUUAUGUAUGCCUCAAUGGACAUAUGCUCGGGAUCUGCACACUCUUACCUCUGUCUGAUUCAGAGGGUGCAUCUGAAGUAUAGUGGAGCUGGGGAAUGCUCAGGUUUGGGCUCUUAAUCAGACAUAAUAUAUCAUUAACCAUUGUAAGCUUGAGAUUUGUUUGUUGAUGCUGUGGAUAUUUUGAUACUUGGCGCGAUGAAGCUGAAGCGAUCCCUUUAUUCAACUUCUUUAACUCACGGUGGAGUCCUAUUCGCUGUUUUCUUACAAGAGUUUGAAGAACUUCUUACACUAAGAUGCAUCCUGUCUUGCUGUGGCUAGUAUUAUGCCUACCCAGUCAAAAAGGUUUGGAGCUAUUGCUGACCUUUUUUUCGUUAUAGGUUAUGUGUUUUGAGUUACUCUGAACUAUGAUGUUGUCUGUAGACUUUGUACAUCUAUGAUCUGUAUAUUUGAAAUAGCCUCAACGUUUGUAGAAUUUGUAUCACCGAUUCAUGAUUGAUUAGCAUGUUAGCUUUAUAUUUGGGUA